UUCAUCUGUGCUGCCGUCAGCGGUUACAUGAAAGAGCAAGAAUGACAGCCAGACUACCAAGAAACCCUACAAAAUGUAGAGGAAGUAUCGGACAUGUGACUGCCCAGACGUCAUCCACUCGAAAGAAUGUCGCGACUCAACAAACAAUGAAUCCCCAGACUCAAGAUGGUGUCUGCCAUCAUUGCAAGAAAUGCCGGGAUCUGCUGAGUUUCUCAAUAUAGCAUAUCCCGUUUCGACCCUCGACUGACCUUCAAUUGCUCUGCUACGGACCUGUCCGAUACCGCGGGCCCGGCCUAUUGUCCAACGGUUCAGCAAUGAGAGCUAUCCGGCUGAAUCGUGCUGAGACCAGGACAUCAAAUCGACGAGCCUGAGAAUACCAUGUGGUUUACAAGUGAAGGUAGAGAGCGCCCGCCAUGGCUUCUCAAGUACCGUUCCUCCACAGCCUUCAUCAUUGCGACAGUCUGGACCUCUUCGUUCACGGACUACUUCCUCUAUGCCAUGAUCGUUCCCGUCAUGCCAACAGCCCUAGUCGACCGCGCGAAAAUUCCCUAUGAAGACCGCGAACGCUGGGUCAGCAUUCUCCUCAUCUGCGAAGCCACCGUCGCAUUCAUCUGCUGCCCGAUCUUCGGAUACUUGAUCGAUGUCGCGCCCACGCGCAAACUCCCCUACCUGCUCGGCCUCAUUCUGCUCGGGGCAUCUAUGCUCAUCCUCUGUCUCGCACGCACCAUCGGCUUCUUCGUCAUCGCACGCCUCCUACAAGGCAGCGCAACCGCAAUGGUUGUCGUCGCUGGACUCGCCCUCCUCACCGACUCCGUCCCGUUCGAGAACCUCGGCCAGACUGUCGGAUACCUAGGGUCAGCGGUUACCCUAGGGUUCCUGCUAGGUCCAUUACUGGGGGGUCUGGUGUACAGAGUAGCAGGAUAUCAGCCCGUAUUUGCAAUGGCGUUUGCCAUUGUAGGACUAGACCUGGUAAUGCGGUUUGCAGUGAUCGAAAAAAGGGUCGCGAAGCGGUGGAUGGCUUUAUCGCAAGAUGACGCCGACAACGACAACGAAACCAACAACCACGACAGUCCCUUUGAGUCAAGCACACCUCAACCCGAAACCACAGAGAACGAAGCAACCAUCAUACCCAAACACUCCCGCAAGCUCACCCUCCUACUCCUCAUCCAACAGCCCCGCAUCCUCAUAUCAUCCUGGGGUCUCCUCGUCCACGGCAUGAUAUACGCAGCCUUUGACGCCACAAUCCCCAUCUUCGUAGAAUCCCACUUCAACUGGACGCCCCUAGGCGCAGGCCUAACCUUCCUCCCCUCCUCCAUGACCGCUCUCUUCGAGCCCUACUUCGGAAAACUAACCGACACCAUAACCCCACACCCCAUCGCAACAACAACCUUCCUCCUCCUCCCCAUCCCACUCAGCAUGCUCGCGCUCUCCACCAACCCCACAAGCACCCAUAUCACCCUCCUAAUGAUAAACCUCACCCUGACCGGCCUCCUCGUCAACAUCGCCACCCCGGCCCUGUACCUCGAGACCCAGCGUGUGUUGGAUACCAUGGAGCGCCGGGAGCCGGGGAUCUUCGGGCCCAGGGGCGCAGUCGCCCAGGCGUUUGGGAUCCAGACGAUGGCGCAGUUCCUAGGACUGAGUUUGGGGCCGUUGGCUGGGUUCGUGGAGGGGAGGUUUGGGUGGGGGGUUGUGGUUGUGGGGUUAGGGGUGGUUUGUGCGGUGACGGGGGUG